GUGGUACAAUAUGUGAUGAAGGAAAACGCGCGCCAGGAUAUUGCAAAACGAUUAUUCGGGAAAACAUUAACGCGAACACAGCAGUUUUUAACGGACUGUGAACGAGUCAAGAUUGCAAGAAGAGGAUAAACGCGGAAAACUAUACACAAUUAGUAACAACUCAUCAAAAAGAGCAGUAGUGUGCCUGUGUAUAUGAGUGCGUGUGUAUUGUAGUAGUGAAGUGCAACAAAAUUCAUUUCUAUCGAUUACAAUGCAUAUACGCAUGUAUAUGUGGUACGACAGGCAUAUACAAGGUUCAAUAAAGUUAAUAAUCUUCUUGCUGGUUGCCGUUUUCUAUGUAACAUUUCUGUGCCGCGAAUCGCAAACCGCUUAUGAACUGAAUAAAGUGAAAGCUGAAUCGUCAGGUGUUGUGCAUUUACAGCCGCAAACAGGGUCCAAAUUUCUCAAUCUAAUACAGAGUAAAUUGAAGCCUCCAAUUCCGAAACUUGACUCAGUGGAAUUACCAGGAAUUAAUAACGUGAUAACAACAUUCAAUCCAGUGUACGAGUAUUCAGAGGAGAUACACGCCGCCAUCGAAAAAGAGUUGAAGCAACGUAAUUUACAUUUGCGGGAAGUCUGUGAACGCUAUCAAUUGCAAUUUGUCUAUCCACCGAAUCCGCGGGAAUUUUUCAUAUCACACGGUCAUAGCUUAAUAUGGUGUAACGUAUUUAAGGCAGCUAGUAGCACAUGGUUGUAUUAUUUUAAUAUAUUAGGUGGUUAUAAUGUGAAAUUUUUGCAACAAAUUGUUUAUCAGCCGUUAGAGUUGGCCCGUAAACGUUUUCCUCGACCAGAACUACCGGAAUUGCUCGAAAGUCUUCCCUAUUUGUUAUCCUUUCUUUUUGUUCGUGAUCCCUUCGAACGAAUUGUGUCCGGAUAUCGUAAUAAACUGGAGGAUUGUAAAAAUAGUUAUUACAAGUCUUUGGCUAAGCGCAUAAUAAAACGUUUCCGUAAACAUCCAAUCGCAGGACGAACAAAGAAGUGCCCCACAUUCCAAGAGUUUGUGCAAUAUCUAAUUGAACAACAUAAGCAGGGGAAACCAUUUGAUGAACACUGGGCUCCCAUAUAUAGCUUUUGCACACCAUGCUCGAUAGAAUUUAAUAUAAUCGGUAAAUUGGAAACAUUUGCUCGAGAUUCGGAAUUCAUAAUAAGAGAAGCUGGCUUAGAAUAUCUCUUAUUGGACAAGUUGCCAAAAAACAAAUUAAGUCGAAUAGGAAAUCUAGCUAAAGGCGGUAAAACGAAUAUUUUAAUGAAAAUAUACCUAUCAGAAAUCAACCGGACAACCUUCGAUCAACUCUUAAACAUAUACCGUUGGGAUUUUGAAUUAUUUGAUUAUGAUUUUAAAAAAUAUUACGACUACAUUAUACCGGAUGUUGUCGAGGAUGCAAAGAAUGCCACUUUAAAACCAACGAUGGAUGUGAAAAAUUAUACCGCAACGAAAAUGUAAAGAACAUGGAAACCAAAUAGUAUUAAAUAUCGAAAUCACACCCGAAUUUCUCUAUAUAUAUUUUUUUAUUAUAUUAUUCUUUAUUGAUUUCUAAAAAUGGAAAAUUUAAAACUCUACCAAAAACUGUAAGCUAAACCAGAGUCAUCCCAAGUACCUUAAAAAAAAAAAAAAAAAAAAAAAA